CACACAUGGAACGCAAUGACGAUUUCGCGCCUGCUUGUUUAGCAUCGACUGUAAGCAAGUAGAAUAAAGGGGCGUGUCGUAUCGACUACGUACAUAAUCUAUGGUUGGCGGCGCCUGCACGAACUCGUCGUGAGUUUCGCUGAACGACAAUAACACGCCCGAGGCACCGCGUCGGUGCCUGGGAAAAGAAAGGCCAAAAGCCGGGCAGACAUGGCCGAGGCUUGGCCCGAGGAAGACGAGGAAAGUAUGAGGAGGGACAACAGGGAGCAAGUGGUCCGACGGCAGUCCAACGGCACCGAAGGCCGUCCUGGCAGGAGGAAGCCAGAAAAUCGUCUCAGCCAAGGUCCACUUUGGUCCCUCAGGGCAGCCAUUAAAAGAUCCACCACCAGGUCCAAUAUACCUGACCCUCAGCGAGAGAGAAACAGGAACGCGGACGCCAGGAUUCCCGUCGCCAGGCGACCGGAGAUCACCAUCCUGUCGGCCGAACCGCUCCCCUCCUCUUCCUGGUUAGCGGUUACGCCUGGCGCGUUCCCGCCCCCUCCUCCUCCGCCCACCCAAAUCUGGGGACCCACAAUCCCGCCGUCCAUACAGCCUCCUCCCUCCUAUGAUGAGGUGAUAAGGGAGAAGACGCAAGAGCUGGUCGCGCGUACGUCUUCAUCGCCCCCGUCUUCGAUGCCGUCGUCUCAUCCAGCUUUUUGCACGACUAUUGCCACUCAGACAGACACCGGCGCUCCAGGGAAACAAGUGAAACUGCCGCGUCCGCCCAUACCCGCCGCUCCGUCUCAAACCGAUGCCGAAAUUGGCACUCCGUUGACCCCGCCUUGUCAAAACGGCCAAUCGGCGCAGCUCUCCGGUGCCACGCCCGUUGCCAAGAAGGCGGAGCUCCCCAGGCCCCGCCCCCGAUCCAGGUUCACCGCGACGGCGGUCAGCGACGAGGUCAAGGUUCAGACUUUGGUGAAACUGCGAGAGGACGGCUUGGCCACGCUCGCCGCCCGCGCUCGCUGUGACAUUGGCAAACAGGACGCCAGUCAAGGGAAAUACCUUCAAGAACUCUUGGAGGCCUUCAGCUCCGACGACUGGGGUCUUCCGGAGCAGCGAGGUGACGACAGUGGUCUCAGCCAAUCGGAGGACGACGACGACAACGACAACGACGACGACGACGACAUGGCAGCCCUGAAGGCGAGGAUCCAGGCCUUUGAGCAACAGCAGGCGGCGCCCGAUGGGAGUUGUGAUAACUCGGGCGUCAACGAGGAGGCUGUCGCCGAAAAACCCGAACCCAGGCCACGCCCUCGACUCCGAGGGCAGUCUGUCAAAGUGCUACCUCCCGCCAUUGCUCCGAAACCCAAAACCCUCCACAAAGCGGCUACCGUUGACUCCGCUCAACCGCCCCCUGAGGUCGUGAACCCCGAACCGCCUCCAAUCACAGAGCACCUUCCGACUCACGCCUCCUCCACCCCCCCUUGCACUGCACCGGUCCCAGCCCCCAGGUUCCCUCCACUGAAACCCUCCCCCUCCGCCAUCGAGACACCAUCCACAACCAAAUCUCCAGCCAGACCACCCAUUGCCCCACGGACAAGCGUGGGGGCCGCACCCCACGAGAAAGCACAUGUGGCUCCAACGCGCCCCCCCAGACCUCUCGCUGAGAUCAGCAGGGGGAUGCAAAUGCAAACUCCGGAUACCGCUAGUUUGACAGGCUCCUCCCUGGAACCGAAUCCGGUCCCCUCCAAGCUUCCCGUGCCCAGCCCUGCACCCGUCCAUGCCAAACCGUCGUCUCCUGGCCUAAAAAAGGCUGAAAGUAUCUGUGAGCCUCCACUCCCCCCGAGGCCUUCGAGUGUGAAGACCCUCCCCCCUAGACCUCCAUCAAUCAAAUCCAUCCCUGCCCGCCCACCACUACCCGCCAUCAUCCCGUCGUCAGAAAGCCAACCUCAACCGCCGUCUUCCUUCACGGCGUCCAAUCACAGAGCGUCCAAGAAGGGGCCCCCUCUGCCCCCUCGGCCCAAGCCCGGACAUCCGCUCUAUCCCGUCUGCACGAAACAGGAAGACCUCAUCGUCCUGGAAGACCUUCCGCCGGAGCCACCACCCACCCUGGUCACGCCACUUUGCAACACGUCGGCAUGCCUCAUGGACCUGGAAGUCCUGCCACCAGUGCAACUCCCGGAACCCGCUCUUCAGACUUUGUGGAAGCCGGCCACGCAGCAACGUCAUGAGCCGCCUCCUGUCAGUGGCCCUCGUUACGUUGCUUUGUUCGACUUUGAGGGAGCGGUGGACGACGAGCUCACCUUCUCCCAGGGGGACGUCAUCGCCCUUCUGGAGAUUGUCGACCAACAGUGGGGGCGCGGCCAGCUUCACGGACGCGUCGGGCUCUUCCCGCUUAGCUUCACCCGAGUCACUGAGGGACACCCACCUCAAAGUCCUGUGACAAAGAUACCCCCAAAAGAAACGGAGGUGGAGGAAUGGGCGGUGGCGCUGUUUGACUUCCCUGGUCAGACUGCAGAGGAUCUCUGCUUCCACAAGGGGGCGUAUAUCCAAGUGACCGAGCAUGUGGACGCUGACUGGAGGAGGGGGAGACUGGAUGGCAGAGAGGGGCUUUACCCCGCAGCUUUCACACAGCCCUGCAAGGCUCGGCCAAUCCCAAGCCAGAAGGUCGCGGUGAGAGGCGUGGCCAAAGCUUUAUUUCCCUUCAAAGCCGAGCACGAGGACGAGCUCACAGUGAAGCCCGGCGACAUCAUCACGCAGGUGGAGUCUGCGGAUAAGCAGUGGAUUAUGGGAGUGGUUGACAGUAAGCGUGGAAUUGUGCCCAAAAACUACGUUUUGCUUCUUUGACGAGGACAAGCCACUGACGGGACAUUUCGGGGUGGAGCGGUGGAGGUUGAGGACACCGAGAUUUCAGUCUACAAUGCGACGUCGGCGUCGCCCACGCCCUCCCCGUGCUGUUCAAAACUUUGACGUGACUCUUUCGGUUCCUUUCGAAACUUCCAACGAGACAUCGAAGUUGCAACGCGGGAUCUUUUCUUUCCUAGUCGUACCUCGUGUUUGAAUAUUAACGCAACUAACCAAUCUUGUCGGAUGUUUCCCCAAAGUGCCCCAGCGGGAUACGUGCAAAUUAACCUGUGAACAAGAGUAUAUGAGGACUUAAGCAACCAAGUAUUUUUUUUUUCCAGAACGGUGUUAAGCUAUCUCAAUGAAGUUAGCGGUGAAGUUACCCGAAUGAAAUCAAAACAAACAUUCCAGCUUUUAAAUCCUAAUAAAACAUUGCAACAUUC